GCCAUAAACAAACUGUCUUUCCUGUCAACUUGAACGAGUGUUUCGUAUUUCGUUUCAGGUCAUUGCGUCAGUGAAAAGCGUAUUCAACACGUCGUCUUGAGCAGCGACGUUUUUCGUGUUGUCGUUUGAACCUGCUGGACCACAGUCUCGGUGUAUGUGACCCGGAGGGAGGACGUUUAGGCUUGACAGGUUUUUACAGAUUGUAGUGACUGUAGCUGCACCGCUUUGAGAAACCAUGUCUGAUUUAAUCCUGGUGCUCCUGUUAGUCGUGCUCCUGGUGUGUUUGCUUGUGACUAUCGGGGGCUUCCUGCUGUACUCGGGGCUCCUGUCUGACGUGAUUAUAAAGACCGGGCCACCUCCUAUCAAAAAUGUUAUCAUUGCUUAUAAAUUCAAAGAGGGAUCAUACAAGGACUGUGGUGCAGUCUACACAGAGACCUGCAGCAUUGGGCCAAAGUUGAGCACCAUCGGUGUCUUCUACGAUGACCCCAAGCAGAGGCCGUCAGAGAAAUGUCGCUACGUGGUGGGCAGCGUCCUGUGUGAGGGUGAGGAGAAGCCGGAUGAAGAGCUGCAGAAGCAGUAUGAGAAGUUUGGCUUCAAGGUGUUUUCUCUGCCUGAAGUGAGCCACGCUGUGACCACCAGCUUCCCCUGCACCACCCCUCUGUCUCACGUGCUGGGACCUUACAGGGUCUACCCGAGGCUCGCGUCCUACAUCGAGGAGAGGAAGCUGUGCGCAUUUCCGACUAUUGAGGUCUGUGGCACAGAUGUCAUCAACUACAUGGUUCCGCUGUCUCGCCAGACAGACUUCUUUGUUCCAGAGAUGAAGGAGGAGGUGAAGACAGAUGUUAAAGAAGAGGACUCAGACGAGGACAGAGGGACUGACAUUACAGGUGCAGACUCCCACAGUGAUGUGAGUUCAGUGAGCGGCGGCGUGCCGUGGGACAGCAGAGAGACGUCCCUGGCUGCUUCCACAGCCGCCUCCCUGGCCUCUUCCCUGCCUCUGAGGGACAUAAUGGAUGCAAACGAAGACAUUAAGCCCAGGGACCAGAGCGACAGAGGCUCGAACGAGUCUAUGGGCAGCGGCUCGUCCUUUGAAGAGCUUGACAUGGAUCAGGAGGAGCAGGAGGAGCAGGCGGAGGGAGAAGAGAGGGAAGAGAAGGAAGACGGAGAGGAGAAGGAGGAGGUCCCUCAGGGUGAGGAUGGAGCUACAGAAGCAGAUGAACUGGUGCCUGAGAAGAAGGAGCCCUUGGGGGAUGGAGAGGAGUAAGGGGGAUGCUGAAGAGAUAAGGGAUGAGGCCAUGUAACACUGGCAUGCUAGAGAGUUUCUCAGUUGUUGCUCUUGCUGGUUAUCUGUCAUGUAAUCUUGUUGGUGGAUCUAAAGCCGCUCAUGCCAUGAACAACAUGCCAUAUUUCUGCGCCUUCUAAUUCCUCUUUUUGAAGCCUGUACAUUUUAUUAUACUGUAAUCUCAUUUUUUAAAAAUAAUUCCUUAUCCUAUAUUUAAAACUGUCAGGAUAGAACAGCAGACAACUCCCAUAGUCAAGUCCCCGUGAAAAAAACAAUUUUUCUCUGCACGUCGUGUGCAGCCAAUGGGAGGCAAGAUUUGUUCAAUUCUAUGUUUCAUUUUGAACUGUAAUCGUAUGAGAAUCGCCACCAUUCCUGCGCAGAUUAGAAGUGACACCGCGGUUUAAGAAUAGCCCCAGGAAAGACACUGACGCCGGCUAUCCUGGAUCACCAUUCGGCAUCUUUCUGCCUGUGUGAUAUUGUACCCCACUUUCAAGCUCAUGUCCUGAGGGAUUUUUUUGUCACGUGUUUGUGUGCAUUACCUGACUUUGGUGUCUUGAUGUCCAGUAACGACAGGGUAAAAAUGUGCAGGAGCCAAUUCCGUAGAAAUUUGAUGGACCUAUUUCAUUUUGUUAGUUUUUUUUUUUUUUUGGAGAAUAUUGAUUACGCAGGUUGAAAUCCUGAAGUCUGAGGCAGAGAGGAAGCAACUGUCGUCGACGGCAGUGAUGACUUGCAGUAGUAAAGUAACAUCACCAAAACGAGUCACCGGAACUAGGAUUUAAGAUGCAACUGAAAGAAGUUUCACCCAUGGAUGCUGUUCAAAUCCUUUUAUUGUCACUCUGCGCUCAGAUAAUUGCUUUAGUUUUUUGUUUAUUUUAUUUUAUUUUUUACCAUAGUGGUCACUUCUAUAGUUGGUUUGUUAGACCACUCUACAGUUUUGUUUGUAGCCAAAGUUCACUCACUUCCAGAGACUAGUUGUGAUAUGUCUGUAGGUUUAAGUUGUCGGCGCUGUGAGACCUUGGAAAUAAUGUACAGCACAUUGCCAUGGUUGUGUCUUUCUGUCUGUAAUAAAAUUUCCAAAUGAAAAGUUCAGUUGACAGGAAUCAGUUGUGCAUAGAAUUUGUUGCACAAUUAUAUAACCCUUAUUCUGUACAGAUGUCUGUUCAAAACAUCCUCAUUUAAAGUUUUAUAACACAAGGCCACAUCAUUGCUGCUCUACUCUGAGGGCAUCCAUUUUUAUUUGUCUGUGUCCCAGCAGAGAUGGAGAGAUGUAACAAAGUGUUGUUGGCAGUGGGACACAUUGUUGUUCAGAAGUUACUGAGGAGGCAGUAAGCGUCUAAUAACUUAUUAAGCUCUUUUCCACGGAACAGCUUCAGUGGUUUCACAUGUAAUGAUUCUUUUGAUGAUAAUGCUUCUUUUGGAAAGGCACAGACCUGGAAUUCAAAAGUGGAAUAAAAGCAAAACGUUCAAGAAAGAGCCAAUAAUGGCAUUAUGUAAUUUUCAGUGCAGAGAUGUUUUAAGAUUAUCUCCACAAAAAUGUGCACAAACUAAUGCAAGUUUGGGUGCCUUUGGGCAAUAUCAUCGACCUGCAGAGUCACAGAGCCCCCACAGACCAACUUUUUCAGACGUGUGCAUGCGCAAUUCCAGACCCACUGUAUUUUUUCUGUCUUUAUUGAAAAUGUAGCGAAGCAAAGUGUCAGAAAUAAAGGAAUGUACAUGUUUCUCU